GUGAAAGAAAGAUCAGAAGGCGUGGAUGUUGCAAACAUCCCCGAACAGUGUGCACAGGACGGGGAGGCUGCUUCUGGGACAGGCUCUUGCCACGUGUGGCGGCAAAAUUUGGAAGCUUCCCCUUCAAGUGCCUGCUCCUACUCCCCUCUAGCCAGCCGAGCCCCUGGCGAACACUCUCUGCAGAGCCUCCCCCGCCCCGGCUUCCCGGGUGGGCGCAGAUCUGCGGGUCCCGUCCCAGGCCAGCACCCGGGCGAUAGCUUUGGUGGCUUAGGUGGCGGUGCGCCCAGCCCAGCCCGGAAGGCCGGGGCCCUAGGGCUGCGCAGGCGGGACCGGCCCAGGCCGGUGUGGGGCGGCUGGGCCAGGGCGAGGACGGUCGGGGAGCGCCGGGGCGGGAGCGGCGGGACGGCCAGGAUCCCGAUCGUCGUCCCAUCCGUCGCUGCUCCCUCCAGUGCUGGGACCCCGUGUGUGUGCUAGACCAACCACCCUGUCACUGAGCUUGGAACCUGAAGUCACACCAGCCUAGGGUGCGAAUGCCAGUGAUGUGACCUCCACUUUGGGAGAAAUCACACUGCCUUGUAUUUGGUGCCAGUCAACAAUCGCCCACUUGGUGCCCACAGGAGCUCUCAAGGCCCAGGGCUGCUAUCUGUAGAACGCCUGGCUCUCAGUCCCACGAGUGACAAAAGUCACUGGAGCAGCAUUUUCCUUAGUGAUAGAUAAUGUGCUUGGUUGGCUAAACGUCAUAGUCCCUGAGGAUCACAAUGAGGUCUUUCCAGAACCAUCCCUGUGUGUCACGAGUCUGGACACACAGCCUCACUGUGGAUGUAAGUGGCUCUCAGGCUGUAAAAAUUGUUACCCUGGCAGAUGGUGUUCUUCUAGAUCAAACACAGACCUUGUUUGAAGUCCCUGGAUAUCCUUACAGUACCUAGAAAAGGACAUGAUCACCAGGAGGCUCUAGGAAACUGUGGCUACUCCCUCCGCCGUGACCUCAUGCCCCUGGUGCUGCUGGGAAACGCAGAACACAGAUGCUAGCACCAACAGCAAGGUUUUCUUGCCACAGGAAUCCAGGGCUUCCUAGCAUCAGUGUCUCCUCAUGCACUUUAGAAUCCCAGUUUAACUUUGGGCUGGGUGUUGAGUUUGACCCACAGCAAGGGGUGGAGGGCCCCUGGGACCAGAGCUCACAGCUCCGGUGGCACCACCUCCCCUACCCCAAAGGUGCCACCAUACUCCUUAGAUGGAGAGGAGGGGACAGCCUAAUGAUCACAGAACCCUGAGCUGAAACCGCAGGUUCCUUCAUCCGUACGCUGUAGAUGGUGAAGGAUCGCCUCUCUCAGUAACUGUCUCAUCUGUUUUGCUACUGACAGCACCUGUUGGUCAAACCAUGGAUCAUUUUGGUGACCCAGGCUUCAUUUAGUUGGGCUGCAUGGAGCCAGUGUUCUAUCUAACCCCAAACACACCUUUCCAAGGAGAAGAGCUGGGAAAUUAGUGGUGAUUAAGAAGAGACCAGCAGCAGUGUGGGAAGUCUGCUCGGAAGUGUUUCCUGAGACUCAGCACACAGAAGCACCAGAGGCGGCCAAGGUCACACCUCGUGCUGCAGCUGAACUUGGUUGUGUGUUCCACACCCUCUGGACCCGUGGCUGGUUUUUCUGGUUUGGUUUGUAGAGCAAUUUGCAUAUUUUCUUGAAGAACCCUCUGGAGCUUUACAGCCUGUCCUUGGACUUAUAGAGAGGGACGUUCACGCCCACGCUGGUUCUUCAGAAUUGGCAAGCGUGUUUGAUGCCUGCCGUAGUCUACACCAGUUGAAGGUGGGGGCGUAAGCAAGGACUCCAUCUUCCCUGCGGCUUGCAUUCCUUGUGUACACACAGAGAACUUGACAGGCUCCCCAGAUGCCAGCUUCCUACAGUACCAUCUUGGGCUGCCCCCGGAUAAUAGAUGUAAUUACCACCGCAUGCUAAUGGCACACAGCAGUGACUGCUGAAGCCUCUGACGUGCGGCCCCCUCAUCCUACCGUGAACCCCUUACCCUACCUCCAUGCCGACAGCCCAGCAGGUCCUCAGGACCAGACUGACUGCUUGAAGUCUCCAGCAGCUUAGAGUUAAGGUGGCUGUCCAAUGAACUCCAGAGACUAGGAAUGGCCACAUGGAACAGGCCACGCCCAAGGCAGUCUGUGGCACCAGAGCCAGCUGCAGAAGGGGAUUGCCAGCAGCCCUUGAGCCGAGAGCUCUCAGAGGCCAACCGCUUCGCCUAUGCCGCCCUCUGUGGUAUCUCUUUGUCACAGCUGUUUCCAGAACCUGACCAAAGCUCCUUCUGUACAGAAUUUGUGACGGGCCUGGUGAAAUGGCUGCAUCUGUCUGAAACUGUCCUCCCAACCAUGAUGGCCUUUGCCGGCGGCCUAGGAGGCGAAGGGGCUGACAUCUUCGCUCAGACUUUAUUGAAGGACCCCAUUCUGAAAGACAACCCAUCAGCAAUCAGUCAGGACCUCCUGAGCUUCUCACUCAAGGAUGGACACUAUGAUGCCCGGGCCAGAGUCCUCGUUUGUCAUGUGACCUCCCUGCUUGAGGUGCCCCUGGAGGAGCUUGAUAUUCUCGAAGAGGUCUUCGUGGAGAGCCUGAAGGACGCCAAAGAGGAGGAGUCUGAGACCGCAGAAGCAUCCCGGAAGAGAAAAGAAAAACGGAGGAAGUGGAAACGCUAUCUCCUGAUAGGCCUGGCCACGGUUGGAGGCGGGACAGUGAUUGGUGUGACUGGGGGACUAGCUGCCCCACUUGUGGCUGCCGGAGCUGCAACAAUCAUAGGCAGUGCUGGGGCAGCCGCGUUGGGCUCAGUGGCUGGCAUCGCCGUUAUGACCUCACUGUUUGGUGCAGCUGGAGCUGGCCUAACAGGAUACAAGAUGAAGAAGCGAGUCGGGGCCAUUGAGGAGUUCAUGUUCCUGCCACUGACGGAAGGCAGGCAGCUACACAUCACCAUUGCCAUUACUGGCUGGCUCGGGUCCGGCAGAUACCGCACGUUUAACGCACCAUGGAUGGCCCUAGCCCGCAGCCAGGAGCAGUACUGCCUGGCCUGGGAGGCCAAGUACCUGAUGGAGUUGGGCAAUGCCCUGGAGACCAUCCUCAGUGGCCUCGCUAACAUGGUGGCCCAGGAGGCUCUCAAGUACACCGUGCUCUCGGGUAUCGUGGCUGCUCUAACCUGGCCAGCCUCCCUACUCAGCGUCGCCAAUGUCAUCGACAACCCCUGGGGCGUGUGUCUCCACCGGUCAGCAGAAGUUGGCAAACACCUGGCGCACAUCCUUCUCUCACGGCAACAGGGCCGGAGACCUGUCACCUUGAUUGGAUUCAGCUUGGGAGCCAGAGUCAUCUACUUCUGUCUGCAAGAGAUGGCUCAGGAGCAAGAUUGCCAAGGGAUCAUCGAGGAUGUGGUCCUUCUAGGAGCACCAGUAGAAGGGGACCCUAAGCACUGGGAGCCGUUCCGGAAUGUGGUGUCUGGGAGAAUCAUCAAUGGCUACUGCAGGGGAGACUGGCUGCUGAGCUUUGUGUACCGCACAUCUUCCGUGCAGCUCCGCGUCGCGGGCCUCCAGCCUGUGCUGCUGCAGGACCGGAGGAUGGAGAAUGUGGACCUGUCCUCAGUGGUCAAUGGCCACUUGGACUAUGCCAAGCAAAUGGAUGUCAUCCUGAAGACUGUGGGCAUCCGCACGAAGCCUGGAUGGGGUGAGAAGGGACUCCCACUGGCCCCUGGCAACCUGCCCCAAGAAGAGCCUCUCCAGACAGCCACAGUCUCUACAGAUGAGACAAUCCACCAGGAUGGACAAAGCCAGGGACCUGCCUCAAAAGAUGGUCUCAAAACCGCCAUCCCUUCCAAUGCCAGCCAAGCCCAGGUGCCAGCAGGGCUGGACCAAUCCACAGAGGACUCACUCCCUGCUGCUGCUGCUCUGGCAGAGGGACACCUGAUCUGCAGCCAUGGUGUGGGUGCCAACCCACUGGGCUGCCCUGACUGUGCCCAUGGGACCCAGGAGUCCUGUGCAGAACUGGACUGACCCAGCAGGCGUCAGGACGACCUCUCCAGACCUCUGUAUGCAACUUCCUCUAACCCCUUGCGGGCUUCCCAGAGAGCUCUAGAGGUGGGGAAUUUCCACAAGUGCCUUUCUUAAAACAGAUCGGAGCUCGAAUAGAGAGGUGAGGAAGAAAACACUGGCUUUCUGAGGAAGCACUGGCAGUAUGACCUGCCAGGUCCACCCAGCUCCAAACCAGUGUAGUCUCCUGCCCUACAGGUCCCAUCCAGAGACCCAAAGGUCACUGUGGGAGUGGAGGUCCCCAUGCUCCCUCUUCUCCAACCUCAGUGGACCCAGUGUCUUCUAGAUCUCGCAUCUACUCUCCAAGGCUUCCUGCUGAUCUGAGGCUUCACCGGCAGGCAUCUUCAAGUGCCAAAGAGACACUUUGCUCCCUUUGCCCUUGGGAGGAGCAGCUCUGUCCAGUGCAUUUAUGUAGGCUGGAUGCACUGUACGACGGCUGGAGUAGCAGACAUAGAUGUGAUUGAUGUGUGUGGUAGCCUACCCUGAGCUUGUAAAACAUGUGACCCUGGAUAGAAUUGUAGCAAGAGGAAUAAAGGCAGAAUUCAUGGUCAGCAUCUCGAGAACUGGGCCUUGGUGAGUGUGGAUUAUGUGAGGAGGGACCAAUAAACACUGUUUGUCACACCCUAA